AGUCCCGCAACCUCACACAUUGACACCUUGAUGAACAACGACAAUAGAUCUAUCCAGCCUCUAUCUCAAGUUUGACAUUGAGAGAACGAGUAGAUCUCGUUUGGAUCAAGCUGUUGAUUCAAUCAGCGCACUGACGUUCGACAACUUCCGACUAUUUUUGAUACGACGACGUGAAUUUCAUUCAACUUGAUAUACCGGGUCUCGGUUUUUGACACGCUUUCUUUGUCUUCUUUUGAUAUCUCUUUCUUCGAUACCAAUUCAGUUGCAAUCAAAUAACAAUAGGGGCUUAAUACGAUGGCGAGUGGUAUACCUACACGACGAUUGAACAAGCGCGCCGAUGAAAAUGCCCCUCUCCCUACGACCAACGCCGCCAUAUCCACUCGCUCUCGCGCCGCCAAUGUCCCUCUCAGCAAACCCGUUCAGCCAGCCUCCUCACUUCCCGUCAUGAGGCGACAGUACUCCUCUACGACCACCACCACCGUCGCCACUAACAUCUUGGCCGAUUCUAAGCCUCCACCAGCAGAGACAAAAAAGCGAUCAGCAUUGGGUGAAGUGCAAAAUGUCAUGAAAACCGAUAAAGGCAAAAAAGGCCUGGGCGCAAAGGAGGAACGAAAACCUCUAGCCAACAGGGAAACGGCGCCUCAGGCUCAACGACGGACUCGUAGUGCUGCCGUGGUGGACAAAGAGGUAAAAAGAGAUAUCAAAGAGACCAAAAGGAAGGCGACAACAUCGGUACCCAUUUCCAAACUUCCCGCUCGAUCCCGUUCCACCACCGCUUCGACAUCCACCGUAGAAGUACGUUUGAAGGAGAAGAAACUCAAUGUACAGGAGGAAGAUGUGGUGCAACCUGCCAGGAAGAAACGCAAGACCUCUUCGCCUGCAUUGAUAGAGGCAGUUACACCAGACAUUGACGAAGAAGCGUUGUACGAUCAUGAAGGGAGGGAAUUGGUACUGUCCAGCGGCAGCAAGGGAACUAGCAUGCGUAGCCCGAAACGCGUCGCUCGGUCCAAAGAUGCAGGAUGGACGGAUCUCGACGCUGAAGACGAGGGUGACCCCACAAUGGUCAGUGAAUAUGUCAUUGAUGCGUUCAAGUAUAUGAUGUCUAUAGAGCGCGCUACCAUGCCAAGUCCUGAUUACAUGGACAAGCAAAGCGAAUUGCAAUGGCCCAUGCGUCGUGUACUCAUGGACUGGAUCAUCGAAGUCCACACAAAAUUUCGCCUAUUACCCGAAACUCUAUUUAUCGCCGUGAAUCUCGUAGAUCGAUUUCUCACUGAACGCGUGGUAUCUUUGGUCAAAUUCCAAUUAGUCGGAUUGACGGCACUCUUUGUUGCGGCCAAAUAUGAAGAAGUCAUUUGUCCCUCGGUCAGCCACUUCUUACACAUGACCGACGGAGGGUAUACUGUCGAUGAAAUCCUCAAGGCCGAACGAUACAUGCUCUCCACCUUGAACUUUGAUAUGUCUUAUCCUAACCCCCUUCACUUUCUCCGGCGAAUAUCCAAGGCGGACGGAUACGACAUUCAAACCAGGACCGUCUCGAAAUACUUGAUCGAAAUCAGCUGUGUGGACAACCGGUUGAUCAAAUUUCCACCCAGCUUGCUGGCUGCCGCUGCCAUGUUUUUGGCACGUAUGUGUCUGGAUCGAGGAGAUUGGACACCAAACUUGGUUCACUAUUCUACCUAUUCUGUUGAAGAAAUCCUUGAAUGCUCACAGACCAUGCUGGACCACCUACUAGACCCCGAAUUCAACACUGACACCUCUUUCUACAAAAAGUACGCAUCAAAGAAACACAUGAAAUCUUCAUUCUUCGUACACCAAUGGGCCAUCUCCCGCUGGCCAGAAUCAGUCGACGGUACCAACCCCUACCUCGGUCGAGAACUCGAAUACGAACUUUCGGAAAUUUGACGAGUUCCUUCAUUCCCAUAGCUACUUUCAUUCACCGGCACUUAUAAGCCUUCUUCACUCUCAAACCACGUUAUCCGUCCCCUACCGGUCCAAAAAUUAAAUAGCAAGACAAAGCGAGCAUCAAGUAUCUUAUCACAUCCCUCCGUCAUGUCGCAUACCCCGUUUGUGAAGUAUCGAACAAGAAAUUCAAUGUUGAUACCCCCUUUUUUCAUGUAUAGUGUCUAGUGCACAGGUCGAUGAAUCAUGCACAUGUGCCAUGUCACUUUGUGUCGUCGUCGAAG